UAUGUGCUGUCAUAUUAAGAUGUGCUUCAAUGGAAAGUCUGAUCGCCAAAUCAUCUUUGACAACUUCAAAGUUACAAAUUAUUGUUAAAAAUGUUGCUACCCCAUUGAAGGAAAAAAUGACAGAUAGAGAGGGUUCGCAAUCGAUGGAUAAUAGAAAAUACGCGCUAAAUUCCGCUAUGUACGAUAAUUUAGAACGAACAAGAGUAUUGGAAAAUAUUGAGGCGGAAUUUUGUAGAUCCAACUCAAAUGUAAAGUUAGUCCAUUUAUUCUUCAAUCACACCCUUAGCGGGUAUAUCGAGUAUUUAUGCUCACCUCUACAUUGCAAGCACGGCAAAAAGAUACGAACGUUAGAUAAAUCGAUCCGCGUUACCCCGUCAGACUUAAACGAUAGGGACCAUAAAAAAUGGGUUGUUGGGGCGUAUCCCAAAAACGAAUCCAACAAGAAGGUGAAAGUUUUAAAAGAUUUAAAUAAAUCCAUAGAAGCGUUUCCCGAAAGCCUGGCUGAAUUGGUUAAGGCCAUACACGAUUCGUUUGUCAAUUCGCUGGCGGAGAAGAUUGAACACUAUAAAACGGUUACCAAUCGAUUUCGUCGCGAAUUUCUGACUACAUUCGCCGAUAUUUUAUCGACGCGAGGCCAUCAAAACUCAGAUAUUAAUGCGCAAGAAAAACGAGGAGAAAUGAUAGCCAAAUUUAAAGGGUACACAAUGGCGCGGACUAAACUAUGCACCCUCUUGGAGCAUUCCGGAGCAUCUAACAUCUCCCUCUCUUUGAAGGAACUCAUGUUUAUUGAUUAUUUAGACCUUAUUCAAUCAACAUCAUUGGCAUAUGAUUCGGAGGAAGACAAGUUAUUUCUCGACAAACGUCAAAUGCUGAUUAGUUACGAUAUAACCGAAAAAUUUGAGCUCGCUAUUUAUGAUCGAUUGCUUGAUAUAGAUGGUGCACAGACACAUUACGCGCGCGUUCCCAUUUUAGAGCUGUUGACCCUCAUGUUCGUUAGUUACGCUCUUACCCUUAAAAAUUGUUUCAAUCCGCUUUUCUUUCAUCACAUCGCGUCCAAGACUAUCGACUUUUUGCAAAGGGCUUCGCGUGCGUCCCAUCAUUUGGACGCAUUAUACGCUCCGGGGUAUUUGCAAUCUUGGAUUAUCAUUAUUUGCCUUAACACCUUCGAUAUUAUAUCUCAUCCUCAUUCUAAGCCCGCCCCUCGGCUUCAUCCUGAUUCCCCCCAAAACGCCGAACCAACAUCCACGCAAUCCAAGAACAAGGGUUCUCCUAUAAAAAUAAAGAUCGCUAAAAAAACGGAUAAAACGAGGGCCAAUAACGAAUCGAGUUCCUGUUCGCGUAUGACAAUGCGCGACGUUAAUGCAGAUUUUGAAAGUGUAGCCAUUGAUAACAAUCCUAUGAUAGCUAAACGCGAAUCACAUUCUCUCAAAAAUAAGGCUCAUUUAUUGGGUUAUGCUAAACAGGCGCUAGAGGAGUUAGGCGAAAUUUGUGGCACGUUACCAGCCCAGUUAUUUGGGGACGCUGAAAACACUCACCAGUUAUCCGCCUCCGCUUUGAAUUUGAUUUCGGUAUAUGAAAAAAGUAUAGGAUUAUCUCAAAAUGACACUUACCUUAUAAAACUUAAAGACUGUUUAACUUCCAAGGACGGUUUCAAGAAUUUUUAUAUGGAAAUAGCCGAAAUGUGCAUGGUUUGUUUGAAGCAGAUUGGCAGAAUGCGAUCCGCUAAAUUAGUUGGAAAGGAUAUGGCGCAAUUUUUAUUACGAUCUAAGGAUUUCGAAAGAGCAGAAAUCUUUUACCUCCAUUUACUGAAACAAACUGAAAGGGAGGGUUGGAAAUAUAUGUGUAUAAACAUCAUGAAGGAUCUUGUUUUGUGUCGAUUAGCUUCUUGUAAUGAAGCUACCCCAAAUAUUGGUAUUCAAAAGGUCAAAGUUGACAAAUGCGUUUACAUUUUGCUUACGCUCGCUUGUUGUUCCGAAAAAUAUUUUGAUGGCAACCCGAUCUUGACUAUGAAUGAAAGGAAAUUUUAUUAUGCUAACGCCAUUUCAAUCAUCUAUAAUAAAAAUAGCAACAACAACGAACAAAUUUUCGGAGAUUGUUUUAAAAAUGAAUCAAAAGCCGACGAAAAAACAGCUGUUCACAAUUAUGGCAUCCAACAAAUCUCAUGCCUCAUGGAUCACAUUGCCAUUCUACAAUGGAUUCAAUUACCAUGGAUUGACAGAGUACUAAGUUCGGAAAAAUCGACCAAACAUAUCGGCAUAUCUUUUCGAUUCGGUUUAAUUUCGCAUUUACCCACUUUGGAAUCCGGUUCGAAGGGGGAUCGUAAAAUAUCUGAAACCCCUGGUAAACCGAAUAACGAAAACGUAGAAAACUAUCAAGAAGGUGCGAAGAGCGAUAUCGAAUUUAAUGACAACUAUAACGAUUAUCGUCCUUGGUUUAAAGUGAGAUUGUAUUAUAAAAGGGUGAGGGACGUUAUGUCCCCUACCGAAGAACCAGCUUCAAAUAAGGCAAAUGAUAUGCGCAACGAUUCUGCCGAAAAGAUUUAUUUUCCCGGAGAGAGUGUUAGUGGAUCGUUAUGGGAUAUUCAUAAACGCAAUAAUAUGGCUUACACGAAAUUGAAUCUUACAGAUAACGCUAACAAUUUCCAUGGACUCAAAUGCGACAAUAAAGACGAUCUCUUAUCCGCCUCGCCUUCCUACUACCGAUCUAACAACGACACCCCUGAAUUAUCGGCUAAUAUUUACUCCUAUCCAUUGAGCGCUAGCAAAGAUUUAGAUAGCAACGACUAUUUGGAAACUGAGAUGGAAUUGUUUAACGGGAUUAAUCAAUACGAAAUCAAAUUUUCGGUGGAAAACAAUUUUACGUACAUUUUUACCGAUCUCGUUCUCGUCCUGGCUUCAACCUACCACUACACCCAAAAACUAUCCCAAUACUGUCACCAACUAGGCAAAAUAGUUUAUCCUUGCAGCUGUUCUGUCAAUCUGAAAAGACCGCACUUAUACUUUUAUUCGCUCAAAGAUAUCGAUCAAAGACUGUUGUCCCUUAUCGGUCCCGCGAACGUUUCCAUACACGAAGAAACCUACUUUAACGAUAAACGCACGACCCUUUCCUAUGAGUCAGUUUUUCGUGGCUCUAAGCCGCUGGCUGGAAUAGAGGAAGAUUGGGUUUUAUUAGUUAUGGCAAAGGAUUUUUGCAUUCCUUCAAACACAAGCAUAAACCUGGUGAAAUCGGAAGGGCUUAUGAUUAAGUUUCCUAGUGAUAAUGGCUCACAAGGCAAAGAUGCUCUGAUAACCCUUAAUUUGGAUUUAGCCAUUGAACCUCGUCAUAUACUAGUAAUGCGCUGCAAGAUGAAGGCCUAUUUUUACGAUAAAUUUUCCGAUCAGGACAAUGAAGGAUUAUCGUAUUAUGAUCAUAAAAUAGAAAUAUCGGGUCCGUGGUGUGACGAAGAGCCCAUAAUACAAAAUUUGAGAUUCUUCCCCCCUUUCACUCUCAAACAAACCGCCACUAGUAGCGGUCUCAAUAAAAAGUACAUCCAGUUACUCGUCAAAUGUAAAACCGAAAAUUCAACCUUCAUCUUAUCGGCUCCCGAAUUGGAAUUGCCUUUAAAUAAUGUUAACGUGAAAUCGUUGAACGUACCCAAAAUACCCUUGGUAAUAACCAAAAACCAGAGCGCAUCUUUUGUUUGGCUCUUGGACAUUUUGCCUUCCAUCUCCGCAAUUUCCAUUCCUUCUUCGUCAUACAUCAAAGCGUUCAUUCGCUUUAACUACAAUCUGACCAAUAAUGAACCGAUUUUAUCUUCGAUAACCCCCGAUUCUAGGCUAGUUUACCCCUUCACCUUGCCUAACUUGACCACUAUAUUUACUAUCAAAACAGUUGUAUCACCUUGGAGAGAUAAUGAUGAUCCAUGCCGCCAUAGCAUGAUAUCGAGGGGUAGAGGAGAUGGGAAUCAGCAUUUCGAUAAAGAAUUUGUUACAAAACGUAACGAUGAUCAUCUUAACAUUUCAGGCGAUAUAGAAUGCCUAAAUAUAGGAUUCCCUUGCCUUUUUCGCGUUAAUUUAACGAAUAUCGUUUUUCCCGAACGUAUCAAUGAAAAUAAUCAAACUUCUAAAAUGACCUUCAAAUGCAAAGUUGUCUGCGAUCCCUGCGUUUGGAAAUUAUACCCCCCUGACAUUCCCAAUAGUUGUGCACACAAUUAUUCAGAAAUAUUCACGAUAUCACCUGAGUCCGGGUCCGAAAUUACUUUGGACAAGAUUAUUUAUCCAGUUUCGAAAGGUUAUUACCCGGCUCCUUCCAUUAAAUUAUUCAAGUUCGAUAAUAAAAUAGAAUCUCUAGACCCAAUUCAUACCUAUAAUUAUUCUUCUGGCAUUCAAUAUCAAGUCCUUCCUAUCAUCCCUUUUAAAUAACCAAAUAAUAUUACUUAUAAACCAAAUUUAUAUAAAAAAUAUUUAUAAUAUAACUAUGUUGCGUCCUUCCAAAAUUAUAAUACAUAAAUUUAUUUAUUUUUAAUAUAUUGUUAAUUAAAUCCUCAGAGUCAGAAUAUUAUAUAUACUAUAUACCGUCGCAUGAAAGUUAUAAUGUUUAUAUCCAUUUAUUUUUAAUUGUUCAGGCGAGCAUUUAAAAAAAUAUAUUUCUUGCAUUUUAUGUAAAAUUGCGAAUAAAGGAUUAUUCUCAAUUAUAUAUUUUAAAUUUUUUUAUUGUGGAUAUAUAAGAAUAUAGUGGUUAAAGAAUUCAUUAUAUAUAUAAAAAAAAUGGCAUCUUUCAAAAAAGUGGAUAUAGAACCCUAUAAUUCUCAGUCGAUGUUA